AUGUCAUUUCAGACUCAAACCACCAACUUUGGUUUAUGUACAAUAAGUGAUCAAUCUUUGGCACCUGAUGCUUUCCUCCUGGUUCUUGACAGUGAGAGCGACACAAAAGAUGUUUUGAUUGGCAAGGGACCGCUCACUGUAAUCCGCCAGCUGUCUGGACGGGCACGACGCUUCACCCAGGCUGUGAGGAAAGCCGAGGGUCACCUCAAGAGACUUGGUGAUGAGAACGAGCGAGAGAGGGCCAGAUUGUGGGCUGAUUUGGCGAAGACUGCUCGUAAACAGGAAGUGUGGGAUGUGUGUCGGGUGGCCUCUCGCUUCUGUCUUCUGUACGAUGAUGGUCGCUGGAAGAACCCGUCGGCCAGCCCUUCAAGAAGCAGUCCGAAACUGGAGAGAGCGAAGACGUCUGAAGGGAAAGAGAAAGAGGAUGAAGAGAAGAAAACUGGCCGAGCGACUGUGAGCCAGGGUCCGAGUGUUGACUUAGUAGCUGCUCCCCUGUACGACAAGGACCUCAUCAGAAUACUGGCUGAAGUCAACUUCAUACAAGGAGAGGCUCUGGUCCACCUGCUGAGAACUGAAGGUGUGCAGCUCAACGACCAGCCCAUUCCGCCGGAAGAUAAGAGCAAACACCCAAAAGGUUACGUUGCCAAGAAACCCGAGGAGGAUCCCGACUGGAUAGAAUACUGUGAUUGGAUAAGCUACCUGUCUGAGACGUCAACUGCGUCGUUCCUGCAGGGUCUGUCUCUGGGUCUGGAGCUGAACGAGGCGUGGCUGGUGUGUAGUGCAGUGGCGUACAUCUGGAACUACAACAACCACGUGUUGACGCAGAACCGCCACCGCGAGAUCAUUGAAACACUCCAGACUGUCCUAGAUGGCAUGAAGAAGGUUGGACAUGCAGGUGAGACCAUCAUGCUGGUUAACAUCUGUAACGCGCUGGCGUUUGGUCUUCUCAAGCCGUGGCUCCCACCCAAGGAGGAGCCCGCCAUGGCUGUUGUGGCUGCUGCAUCACCGUCUCCUAGAGACAAGUCUCCGCGCAGUCGGGCAAAGCCUGUGACGGCCACCGGCAAACCCAAAGCAACCGUCACCAUCAGCCCCGACGCCAUGCCAGAUCUGAAGAAAGCAAUUGAGGUGUGUGAGUAUGCGAUGCGUGUGACAAACGGCUGCAGCCCGACGGACGUGGUUCCAGUGUGUGUGCGGACGUUGGUCCUCCAGACCUGGGUGUUGGCCAAACAGAUGGCCCAGCAGCAGAUCAGCAAGUCAUGCUCUGCCGACGACGAGGGAAGCACAAAGACUCAACGACAAAUGACUCGAGCCAUUAUCGCCACGGAGAUGCUUUGUCUAUCCAAGAAUGACAUCAUGGAGUUCAAGGACACACUGUCUAUUUCAGAAAUAGCUAAGAUAGUAGAGGAGUGCCAGUGGCCGGACCAGUUCAUUGAGUUACAGCUGUGGUCGAGACUUACCUAUAUGGCGUACCUGGCCAGAGCUCACGAUCUCGUCAUGCACUGCAGUCAGAAAGCCCUGCGCUUCGCAACCAGUGGAACUGUAACAAAAGGGAAAAACUCAGAAGCUCAAAUCAGUAUGAUACACAAGCUUUGCAGCAAUUCCUGGGACUCUCAACUGUUGGUUCUAUUCCUCCAUCUACCAUUUCACUUUUCUCUUAUCACACUAUCCACACUGACAGGCCGGCCUGAAACCAUCUAG